AUGCCCAACGGUCCUCGCGUGAACCGUAGGACGAUCAACGUCGAGGCCGGGGAGCUUCCGCCACCUGCCACCAAGCUCAUCAUCACCCAGAUACUCAAAACCAGUCAGGACCCCCCGUUCUGGGCGUGGAUCGUUGUCGGCGCCUUUUACGACAAUCAGGAUCGCAUCAUUUGGAGCACAGAGUUGUUUGCUGCCCACCUUGACAUUCAGUUUGAGUCGGACGAAGAGCAAGAUUCGGAAGAGGAAGCAGGAGGAGAGACAGACUUUGGAUCUGAUUCACCAACUGUACAAUCUCCUCCAGUUCGCCACUCUGAAUCGCCCCAGCAUCACCCCAGUCUACCACGCCCUUCUUCUGAGCCCGACCCCACCAUGUCCGGAGGCUGGAACCCCAUCACCGGCCGGGACUCGGGAUCCGGCCGCCCCGCCUUCUCUCCGUACGGAGCCCCCCAGCCGGUCCAAGGCCAAGCAUACAUCCCCCAUGCUGGCGGUCCAGGCUACAACUUUGGUACAGUGCCUCAAUACGCCUCGUGGCCCAACACGGCUUACGGAUACUAUCCUACAGGCGCCGCCCAAGGCUUCCCGCAGUAUGGCGGCAUGCAUGCCCAGGGAGCCUAUCCCGGCUUCCAAGCUCCACAGACAUUUGCCUACCAGCCCAACGGAACAGGCAAUCUCCUCCCCCGCCAACCACAGCCGUAUCCCAACAUUGAUCCUACCAUGCCGGCUGCCCAAAUGACAAACACCACCGGCGGCACGGGCUGCGAGCCGGGCUACAACUACUUCUUCCCCGCAGAACACACCAAAGCCCACGUCUUCAAGACCAACACCCCCCCAUGGCAGCUCCCCCCCACAGCACAAAUCCCCUUCAAAGCGGCGCAUAUACCGUGCAACACCACCAUGGCGGAGCUGCUCAAGGGAUUCGGCUGCACGAAUCCGACGCCGAAAAAGAACAAGUGCUUCGAGGUUGUGAGCGGAGGUGGAGGAAAGUGGUACAAGGGGCUGGAGGUGAAUGGCGCAGACAAGGAUAUGCUGAAGAAGACGAUUAAAGAUGUGGGAUGGGAUUCUACGCGGACGGGCAAUCCAAAUGAGAAGCCGGUGGUUUGUCUGUGGUUUUGCAAGGACUAG